AUGACGAAGCUGAAGCUGAGAGUGAAGUUGAAGGUGAAGCUGAGGGUGAAGCUGAUGAUAAAGCUGAGGGUGAAGCUGAUGGAUGAAGCUGAGGGUGAAGCUGAUGAUGAAGUUGAGAGUGAAGGUGAAGCUGAUGAUGAAGUUGAUGAUGAUUCAAAACCUCAUCUCUCCACAGCCUGCAAAAGGAAAGAGGAGCAACAAAGCCACCCAGACCAGCAGCCUGCGCCCAAGAAGCCACGACUAGUUUUCACGGACUUGCAGCGUCGUACACUGCAAGCUAUUUUUAAGGAGACGAAACGGCCCAGCAAGGAGAUGCAGGUGACCAUCGCGCGGCAGCUGGGCCUAGAGCCCUCCACUGUGGGCAACUUCUUCAUGAACGCUCGCCGCCGCUCCAUGGACAAGUGGAAGGACGAUAAUGAGAGCGGGUCCAAGAUGUGCGGGUUGGCUCCUGGUGGUACAGUGGUCCACAUGUCCCAGAUGCCACAGAUGAGCGGCCAGACCAAUACCAUGGUGGGUCACUGCCUAGACGAACACGACUUGUGACAGCCUACCACGCAGCCCCUGGUAUACUUGGCGCCGCACUAGCCGCGCUGCCCCACGCCCACCAGUAGCUGCUACAGGACCGGCGCCAGCGGGCAUCCUCAGCAAUAGGGCACGCCCCUUAGUGGGCCCGCCGCCCCAGGGCACGCCCCUGGCACCCGCCUCGCCCCACCCGCACAGUACAAGCAAGCAGCCCAGUCAGGGGCGCGGCGGUGCUAGCCCGCACGCCCACACACACCACAGGUCACUUCAGGUCACAUCAGAUGAUGCUCGGUCAGGGCGGGAAGGUUCCAACAAACAACAUAUGAUCUCAGCACAUUCCGCAUCGGUCACUAGUCACGCCAAGAUGGACUUGUCAUAGUUAUAAGUUUACUGCAUAUUAGUCUAGGACAAUUUGAUGUUUAUUAUUUAUUUUAUGGUAUUUAUUGUGUAAGUCACGUGCUGACUGUUACAGUUUUAUAAGUGAGAGCCACGGGCGGCCACCCGCCGUCAACACGUCUAGUCACACGAUCUGUUCUCUUUAUGUUAGUCAUAAUACAUCAAUCUUAGUCAAGGUCAACGUCAUUCCUAGUCAUCAGUUGCCAUUCCAGUAAAUCAAAGCUCAGAAUCUUUGCUAGUCAAUAUGUUGUUCUACAAACAUUCCAAAACUUUGCCAAAGAAUGGAAACAAAUUGUACUUAAAAGGUUAUGUUUACUGCUGUCAAAAACUCUGCAACAGUAUGUACUUAAUAAGUGUUGCUAAUUUUAUUGCUAACUUAUUUUCCCUAUGUUAAUUAAAUAAGUUUGUUAUAAUAUAUUUUUAUAAUAAGAAGUAGGGCGAGAUAUAGUGAGGGAUGAGUAGUAAUGUUAAGUUGUAAGUGUAUGAUAUGUUGGGGCGUCGCCCUCACCCAUCCCCGUCUAGUCUUUUUAGUGUUUUUGUGUAUCGCCCGAGCGGCCGCUGCACUAACCAGCCCAAAUAAACUCAGUUAGUGAUUUUUCUGCUGCCGUUUUAUGUGAUGAGUUGGGUAUGUGACGCCGACGGCAUGGUUGUAACAAGAUUGAGAUGAAAAUUUAUGUUAAUCUGCAGCGCCCCGCCGCCCAAUCAGUCAAUCGGUGAGUGUGGGCGGCCCGCCGGGUGGGGACUUUACCGCCUGCGGGCCGCCCCCUCCCCACCCUUCCUCCGGGCCGCCGGGGUUACCACAUCAAACUUUAUUAUUUUGUUACAUUUUUACUAGGGUACUUAACAUAUUUCUGGUCAUUAAUUUUAAUUGGUUAGGAAGAACAAAUGUGGUUGUGGAUUAUUGUGUAUUUAUUGUUGAUUUAGUGAGGUUGUUGUCUGCAGAAGACGCUCCAUUACUCCACCAUCCAUUCCAUCUAUAAAUCUUAUUUUAAAAAUUCUGUGUCGCCCCGUAACCCCUAAAGUCAACAACGUUAUGAGUGCAGCUCCACCAUCCUUGUGGGAGUUGGGCGACGAGGCUUUUUACCUUUCUUCUCUCAAGUAGUUUUGUUAAGACUUUUCAAUCCGCAGUAUCCGUGUUGUCACUGUUCAGCAGCCAACUUUUUUUUAUUUAAUGACAAAUGUAUAUUUUGAUAUAGUGUGUCACACCUCCGGCACACUAACAAACUGCCAAGCUCACUCCUUUUUCAUUUUCUCUUAGUGGCCUGUAAAAAGAUAGGGCUUUUUUUUUGUAGAGAUAAUUUUCACAUUUAUUAGGUGCUGUAAGAGAUGUUGUUACACUUAUUUUUGUAAAAGACAGAGAAAAGUUGAAGGUGUACCGUGUGAGAGUGUUGACUGCUAGGUCAGAGAGUUAUCGUAUAUCUGUCAACGCCGACACUAUCUUUGUUUAUGACGACGACACUUUCUCAGUCUCCCACACUCACACAUGGAGCUCAAAAGUCAGGUUUUCUAUUAUAAUUUUUCAUUAUUAUUUAUAUUUGAUUUGUCCGACAAUACUUGAACGUAUAUUGAGCUGUUCCAGCCAGCCAGGUUUUUAAAUUUAUGAAAACGCGACUUAUAAAAAAAGAAGAAUCAAAAUAAUGUUUAAGAUAUAGACAGACCGGAGUAUAUGAAGUCAGUGAGUCUCUGGUUAGUUCAACAGUUGCUAUCUUUCUCACACAAAAUUUCAAUAAGUUUGAAGGUUUUAUCGCGAGAAUCAGCCGGAGUGUUACAGAGGUAGGAUGAAGCCUGGACUACACCUGAGCUGGCAGCCUUGCUCUGCAGCAGCGUCCUACAUAACACUUCCACCUCAAGGACAAGAUGACGAACUUCCUGUGAGUGACGUCAUUAAGCAAGGGCAAACAUAUGCAUUCUUUUACACUUUUAUAUAGAGAAUAAUGUAUGUAGUAGGUUCCUUCUGUGGCAGCAUGUGAAACAAGUGACCUACGCUGUAAACAUUAAAAAAGAUGGUACCAUAUAUAUAUUUAAGGAAUUUCUGUCUCAUUUCUACUUAAAUCUCUGUUAGACUCAAUGUUUUGAGUUCGUUCAAAACCGUGAUGGUGGUUUUAGUACAAGAAUUUGGGCGGGUCGUCCAGGAACCAUAGCUUUGUGAAUAGCUUAGCUUUUUCUAGAAUGUAAGGUGACUUUUUGUUGUUGCAUGUUUUGUUUUGGAUGACUUGCCCAAAUAGUUUUGUCAAGUAAAGUUAGACACCAAUAAACAAUGUGAAGUGUUACUACAGACAAAAGCGACAAGGGUGAAAAUAUAACUAAGGCAGAUUUUUUUCUGCCGAGACCUUCUUGCCUGCAUGUAUACCACACUCUAGACUAACUAACUAACUUACUAACGCUCUACAACAAAGCUUCGCCCUUUUGUCGGUUGUUUACUAUGUAAGUGGUGAGACUAUAUAGGCUUAAGUCAUCGUGAUGAAAUACUACGUGCGUCGGUUCUGGUAACCUCAUCAGCAUUGAGUCAAAAGUGCACAAAAGAGGAGGCCGACCGUUCCUACACAGUCGGGGGAGGUGGAGGCGAGGGUGGGCAGGUCGGCCGCAAGGCCGCCUCACACACGCUUCCUUAGCUUAUAACCACUCACCUCACUCUCAUGUUUACUGUGGGUAUAUCAGCAAUUAUACUAAAGUGAUAAUUACUGUGAAGCAGGUAUGAUAAACACUUGUUAGGGGUCCCUGAUGGAGCCAGAAGGAGCGACGUGCCUCGGAGCGACCAGUGGCCUGCUCCACCCACCUUACUGGCAUAAUCCCGGGGACCAGCUCCCCCCUUCACCCAGCCCCACGCUCAGCCACCCUCCCCCUCCCUCGCACCGGAAUGCCUCACAACCUGGACUGAUCACAGUGCAAUAAUAAUACUCUUCUGUGUGGUUCUGUUGGAAAACAUGCGCCACUGUUAGUAAGUCUAAAUAAUACAUGUGGUCUAUUAUAGAUCAUACUGGACACAUAUCAUCAUGUUUUUAUAAAGUGAACAUUGUACAGAGACGACCAGCGAGGACUGAUCGCAAGCUUUUAGCUGUUUCAAGGAGAACCUUGUUGUGUGCGCAUCUGGAGACGUUAGAGUAGCAUCAGCCGCUGUACAGACUGUCGCCCACCGUCUCUUUCUACCCUCUAGUGCUGUAUGUAUACUGCACCCUAUUUUUAGUCCAUGUGCUAGAGACCUCCUUACAUGCCUUAACACAAGUGUAGAUUUAAAGGUUAUGACGCGUGGCGAGCGUCGGCCACCACACUCUACUUCAGUUGUUGCAUACGAGGGUGACCACCACAUGGCCCCCACGCCCCUUACACCCACGCCUACGCUUACACCUCUCGCGCCCACACCCACCGAUGGCAUAUAUUCUUAUGAUAAGAGAAAGAGAGAAGAAGAGAGUGGGCGCGAGGCGGAGUGGGCGUAGCUAGUGGGUUAGUGGGCGGGCGUAGGUCUGGUCAGGCAGCACAAACUGUACCCGCCGUGUUCCGCCCCCGCCCACCCACGCCCACGGGCAGAGGGGUGGGCGGGGGUGGAGGCGCGGCCCACUGUCUCCCACUCGGCGUCAAUAUUCCCCUCUCAAUAUGCAAAUUGUUUUAGAGACAAUGUACCAUAUAUCCUUGUCGAAGUGAAUAAACCAAAGCAGAGACG